AUGAACGCCACUAACGCAAACAGCCACGGCGCUCCCGUCACAGACUUAUCAGCCUUCGUUCAGAGCUGCCUCCGACAAGCUGUGGAGAGCAUCGAGCAACACCCCACCCAACACUGGGAGUCAUCGCCUGUUGCACAGGUUGCUUCCUCGGUUGCGAAUGAUCAGGCCCAGACUGUCCUCGUCAACAAUGCAGCGCCCAACAGAGGCCCUGCCGACCAUGAUGGUGACAUCGUUUCUUUGCUCGCUCAAGUGCUCAAGAGACAGGAAGAAGAUAGGCAGAACCAGAUCCAACGAGAACGCCAGAUGCAAGUCGAGUUGUAUGUCAGGCAGAGGUUGGCCAGGGCGCUCCGAGAGAGAGAACAGAUGCGCCAAGAUGACCGGAUGUUACUGUUGGAACUGCUCACAGACCUUGGAAGUCCACAGGUGAGGCAGCACCUACAAGCGGAGCUGCGCGUGGCCAUAAUCAUUGAUGCCCUCCGAGCUCUUGGGAGCCGAGCAGAUUCUCCCAUUGCCGCACAGGCAGCUGUGAGCCCAAGAAUGCUUCCGUCCCAGCAGCUGUUUGAUCUUUUGGCAGAUUCGGGUAUGAGUAACGUGAUGGUUGGAGAUGUCAUUACUGCCACUGCCGCACCUCGUAGUAUGGCCAGCGUGGAAUCGGCCCAGCGAUCCGUCGGUCUAUUGGAGGCUACCAGGUACUUGAGCACUGGUGUGUCUGAUACUACGCCACCACCCAUUGAUACUCAAGUAUCACUUCAAGCCCUCCAAGGUCCAGUGGAUUCCUUCUGUCCACCACAGGCUGUGGCGAGCCCAAGUGUGCCUCCGUCCCAGCAACCCAUUGGUCUAUUGGAGUCUACCAGGAGCUGCAACAUCGGGGGUUUCGAGGUUACUGCCCUUGCACCGGCACGUGCACGUGCACCAAAUGAUCAUACCGCUACUCCAGCUCCAGCUCCACCCAGGGCCGACGUGGAAACCACUCAAGUCGCAGCUGCCCUAGGAAGUACACCGUUGGCCGAACAGGAACCACAGGGCCAGGAUAAAAAAGAUCGACGUGGACGCAUUGCGCUCUUUCCCCACAAGCUCUACUGGUUGCUAGAGGAACUCGAAGAGGCAGGAUUGAGCCACAUUGCUUCGUUUACCCAAGGGGGCAAAGCCUUCCGGAUUCAUGAAUCAGACCAAUUUGUGAAUCUGGUCCUGCCUAUGUAUUUCCCAGCAAUGAAAAACUAUGCAAGUUUUCAGCGACAGCUCAAUUUGUAUGACUUUAUUAGGUUUACAGGGGGCCCCGAAAAAGGCAGCUAUUGGCACAAGUUCUUCAUCCAAGGACAGCCUGAUUUGUGCCACUGUAUCAAGCGAAACAAGAUCAAGGGCAAGGCAACUGCAGCGCAGAGGAUCAGCGAGCCGUCGAAUGAAGUUUAUUAA